AUGUCUGCUUCUCGACCGCUCAUCACAGUAUUCUCUUCCAUUUCCAACAUUGCUCCUGCACUGAGAGCUGCAGGAUUGCCAUUGGUAGAGAUCGUGGAUGAAGAAGCCUUGAGUGGAUAUGGAGGGACUGUGGAAUUUGAUGUGUCCAAGCUGCAGGAAUCUACCAAGGCCAAAUUGCGAGCGGCAGAGAUUUUGAUUACGGAGCCGUCCGCGUUGGCUGAUAUGUUGUCAUUGGAUGAAGCAGACCUCUUUUCCAACCUCAAAUGGUGCCAGUCUACCUAUGCUGGUGUCGAUCCUCUAUUCAAGGCGAAACUGGAAUUUCCACUCCCAUUCACCUUGACGCGUUUUGCUGGGGUCUUUGGUCCGCCAAUAGCGGAAUGGUGCUUGGCACGAAUCAUUGGUCAUGAAAGAGGAUUUUCUGCCUCUCGAAAAGACCAAGAAGAACAUCAAGCCUGGGCCAAGUCGACCGAAAUUUUGGAAUAUCGCUACCUCUCCGACUUGACCCUCAGUAUCUUGGGAUGUGGGGACAUUGGACUUUGUAUUGGAAAAGCUGCCAAGGCUUUUGGAAUGACGGUGGUUGGCUUCUCAACUACACCCAGAUCAAAUGAACCUGCUUUGGACCGUUCCGUUACGGAUCUCAAGGAGGCCUUGCAAACGGGAGACUAUGUUGUCUCGGUGCUGCCUUCCACCAAGGUUACCCGAGGACUACUGACGCUGGAUGCCUUGACUGCUGCCAACAAGGAGAACGGAGGAAAGUCUCCUGUCUUUCUCAAUGUUGGUAGGGGUGAUGUGACAAAUACAGAAACAAUCCUUCAGGCAUUGCAAGACAAUCACAUCUCAGCGGCAAUUCUAGAUGUCUUCGAGGUCGAACCUUUGCCUCAGACCAAUCCUCUUUGGAAGCAUCCCAAGGUUACAAUUUCACCGCACGUCAGUGGCUUGACGAGAGCACAGGAUGUCCCAAAGCUUGUUGUGGAGCAAUAUGAACGAUAUUGUCAAGGAGAGGAGCUGGUGUACAAGGUCGAUUGGGAAAAGUCAUACUAA